AUGGUUCCUGAGGAAGAAGGAGAGCGCAAAGGGAAGAAACAGAGGAAGCAGAAUGGGAGUGAAGCAAAGAAACAGAGCAAAGUUGCUGCUGCUUCUGCUGAAGGGGUCCAAAGAGAUGGCGUCCGUGUGAAAGCACGAAGGGGUGAAGCAACUGACAGUCACAGCCUUGCUGAAAGGGCAAGAAGAGAGAAAAUCAGUGAGAGAAUGAAACUUUUGCAGUCUCUUGUUCCUGGUUGUGAUCAGAUAAAUGGCAAGGCUCAUGUACUGGAUGAGAUCAUCAAAUAUGUUCAAUUACUACAGAAUCAAGUUGAGUGCCUUGCAGCAAAGCUUGCUUUUGUGGAUGCCAUGCUAUAUGAUGACUGUGAGCUGAACCCAAGUACAAAUCCAUGUGCUUCAGAUCAGAGACUAUGUUGCUUGGAACCUCCAUUGCCAUUUGUGCUAGAGCCUCCUAGCUCCGUCCAGUUCCUGUCUUUGGCGGAUGCUGCACCGCCGGGUACUUUGGCUUCCUUAUUACUCACCGAGGAUCAGAAAGCCAGCUUAAUUCCUCAGGCUCAGGAUGGUGGAAGCUUUGAGGACACUGGAAAGCAGCCUGCUGGAUUAGACCACUCGUGCACCUUCUAA